CGCAGGCUCACGCCAUGCUGCGGGCGCUUCGCCGUCCCUGAGGAGAGGCGAAGGGGCGGCAGGGGACGGCGGCGGCGCGGUUGCUAAGUCUGAGUGACGAGACGCGAACAUGGCCCAGGCAGCCACUGAUCCGAGUAGUGCGGAAACUGCUGACCCAGAGGAGAGCUCUCCAAAUAUGAUCGUCUACAGAAAGAUUGAAGACAUCGUUACGAGAAUGCAGGAUGACAAAACAGGUGGAGUUCCCAUCCGCACUGUCAAGAGCUUUCUGUCCAAAAUCCCCAGCGUCGUCACAGGUUCUGAUAUUGUGCAGUGGCUCAUGAAGAACCUCAGCAUUGAGGAUGCAGGGGAAGCAAUACACUUGGGAAGUCUUAUUGCUGCACAGGGUUAUGUCUUUCCAAUCUCAGACCAUGUCCUUACCCUGAAAGAUGAUGGGACAUUCUAUCGUUUUCAGGCACCAUACUUUUGGCCUUCAAACUGCUGGGAGCCAGAAAACACAGAUUAUGCCAUCUAUCUUUGCAAACGGACCAUGCAGAACAAAGCUAGGCUGGAGCUGGCGGAUUAUGAAGCCGAAAACUUAGCAAGACUUCAGAGAGCAUUUGCAAGAAAGUGGGAAUUCAUCUUCAUGCAAGCAGAGGCCCAAGUGAAAAUCGACAGGAAAAAAGAUAAAACAGAAAGAAAGAUUUUGGACAGCCAGGAAAGAGCAUUCUGGGAUGUGCACAGGCCUGUGCCAGGCUGUGUGAACACCACAGAAAUGGACAUUAGAAAGUGUCGCCGUAUGAAAAACCCACAGAAAGUGAAAAAGUCAGUCUAUGGGGUUACAGAGGAGUCUCAGCCCCAAAGCCCUGUACACAUGCCCUCCCAACCAGUGCGCAAAACUACAAAAGAGGAUUUCCGGAAGCAAAUAACUUUCCUGAAUAUGCAGAUAGAGAGACAUUGUUUAAAGAUGUCCAAAGUAGCAGAAAGUUUAAUAGCCUACACAGAACAGUAUGUGGAAUAUGACCCCUUUAUAACUCCUGCUGAGCCUUCCAAUCCCUGGAUAAGUGAUGAUACAGCACUGUGGGACAUUGAAAUGAGCAAAGAACCUAGUCAGCAGCGUGUGAAAAGAUGGGGUUUCUCCAUGGAUGAGGUGCUGAAGGACCCAGUAGGGCGAGACCAGUUCCUUCGUUUCCUGGAGUCAGAAUUCAGCUCAGAAAACCUCAGGUUUUGGUUGGCUGUSCAAGAUCUCAAGAAACAACCUUUACAGGAUGUGACCACCAGAGUGGAAGAAAUCUGGCAAGAGUUCCUAGCUCCUGGGGCCCAAAGUGCUAUCAACCUGGAUUCCCACAGCUAUGAGAAAACMAGCCAAAAUGUCAAAGACCCAGGGAGAUAUACAUAUGAAGAUGCACAGGAGCACAUUUACAAGCUGAUGAAGAGUGACAGCUAUGCGCGCUUUCUGCGUUCRAAUGCUUACCAAGACUUACUGCUGGCCAAGAAGAAGGGAAAGUCUCUGGCGAGCAAGCGCCUCACGGGCCUGAUGCAGUCCUCCUGACAGCUCCAGCCAUCCGCCCCGCGGGAGAGACAGCUGGGACCGCUGCCGGGAACGGGGCAUUGCAGGGAGAGCAGGUCCCUGCAGGGGAGACAGCCUGAGCAAGKGGAGGCAGAGAGCCACACCAGGGGAGCACCUCUCUUCACAGUUUACACCAACAGCUCCCUGUCUGCACGGCUCCCUGAGGACACUGAGCUCUGUGCAGGUACUUUGUUUUCAGCUGAGAUGUGGAGGAGCACACUUCACCGUACACAGGAGGCUGGACGUUGACAAGGCGAGGGCUUGGCUGUCUCAUUAUUUAAGGAAACAGACCCAACCACAGCUUGGAGAAAGAAGAGCUGAGAGACAUCAGUGCUUUUCCACAUCUCGUCUCUCCCUGGCACAAACAUGACUGUAAUAGAUGGCACCGCAGUCUCACUUGCUCCCUUUCAUGUGGCCGUCUGGAUCCAAUAAAAUAUCUGCUGGAAGCUGCUUCUCCUUCUCACAAAAUCCCAAAUGCAUUUCUCCUGCAGAUUCACUGACUUUAACUGUGUUUUUAUUUCCUGUUUCUGCUCCUUUAAAGCAGUGAGAAAAAAAAAAAGGCACCAUUUAAGUUCAUCACUCAUUGUCCUUCCAAUAGCAUGUAUCGUGUCCAGAGAUGAUGGCCAGAUCCUCAGCUGAAGUCGUGAGAACAGGAGUGGUUUUCAUCACCUGAGGAUCUGCCCCAUGGAGUCAGAUGCUGAUCCUGGUGCAAAUCCUCUGCCAUCGGCGGAAUCCUAGUGCGUGUGCGCAUUGUGCAAACGUGAUCAGACUCUGCCUGAUGCUCAAAAAGUCACAUUUGAGAUGUGCAGUGCACACAGACACACACACAUAUAUAGUAUUUUAAAGUGAGUUGAUUUGUAUUGUAUUUAAUUUUCUAUUUAUUUAAGGUUUUGCAUACCUAAUCAAUGAUGGAUGUUCAAGCUUUCCUCCAAGCAAAUCAAACUGGACUCCAGCUCCAGCUCAAUCAGAGAGAGCGAAAAUCCACUCACACAUAUCCAGGGAACUCUGAUGCGGGCAGGUGUCAAAAUUCAGCCUACAGUGAGGAGGGAAUUGAUGGAGAUGGGACCAGCAGAAGCAAGGUGUGAAUAGGCAGGGCACUGGGUGCCAGGUGACCCUUCCUAAACAGCAGCACAUGCAGCUGUGAUACCAUGCUCAGAUAACUAACCYUGCUGAAAGCAGCAUUCUGAGAGUGAAAUUGUACCUUUGGACAAAAUGAGCUUCCACUAAAACUCAUCUGACCUACAGCCCAUAAAUGUAACAGAAGAGAUGACCCAGUAGCUUGUUUCAAAUUGUUGAGGGAAUGGAGGACAGGAUGAGGACAGGACUGAAGUGAUUUUAAUAAACCCACUUAUACUAGCUGCAGAUAGGAAAAUGGCCUGCAUUCACAUACAGUAUAUUAUCUCUAUAUGAAAAUUUCAAGACAGCUGACUUAGUACCACAAAACCUAUAUUUUGUAAGCAGAUGUGAAGUAUACAUGAAACUAGACAUUUCUUGGUCUUCAUCACUCAUGCCAAGGCAAAUUGGCUUUUUGUACAGGUGGUAGAAACUGCUAUAUGGCUGCAAGUCUGCAUUCUUUUCUAGGCAAAACCAUCUAGUUAAGAAGACAGCUGGCUAUUGACAACAUUCACUUCUGAGGCAAGUAUUAAGUAUUAUUCUAAUAUCUAAGGCCUAUGUCUACACAAAAACAUGCCAGCAUAGUUUCUGUCAGAAAAAAAGACCUUCCUCUUUGUUCAUGAAUGUUCUCAUUCUGGUAAGUCUUUUCUUUCCCCCAGAAAACACCUGCAUGAAUGUACAGUAGAAUACUGAGUAUGAUGCUUGUUCUUUACACAUGCCUAUAGCCUAAAUAACCUGCUGUCUGAGGCUAUCAGACCAAAUUCAUCCUACAUACAUGACACACAAGCAAUUCCAGGACUGCAGAACUACCAUGAAUGUGCCCAGACAUUCUUGUGGACCUCUGCCUCUGAAGAGGACAUUUGGUCCCCUCCAAACUGUCACUUAGCUGUCCUUGCAGGACCCAAUUAGUCCUCUUGUUACGCACCCAGCCAAAGGAUCCCCUUGGGAAGUAGCAGGUCUUUGUGUAAUAGGGUCACUUGUCCAUUCAUGCACAUUCAUGUGUCCCCUUAGUCGCCCCUAGGAAAAUGCAGAGGCCAUCUCUUCUCAGAGCCUUGUGGAGGGCGUUUUUAUCUCUCAGACCUGCCASUGCGUCCCUGGAGCUCUGUAAGCCAACAGCUGCUCGCGCUCCAAGCUGCUCUGCUGCCGCUGCUGCCCAGCCACGAGGCAUUUCCCAGGGGAGGUCUGUCUUGUGAGCCCUCAGACUGGUCUGUAGAGCAUUCCUGAGCACGAUGUACAUACAAAACAUGAAACUCCGSUGUGUAGGAAGGAGCAGGGAUGGUAAAGUGUUACAUGUGGGUCUCUGCUUUGCAGUGAGUUCCUGGCACUGGAGAGGUCGUCACCUUGGAGGAAGGAUGGGGCAGCUCCCUGGAGGUGUUCCUCAGUGYCCUGCAGCAUGGGGGCACAUGUGGGCAGGACUGGAGGAUGCUGGUGGGUGAUGGGACAGGUGGAAUUUGGGUUAUGGUCUGUGCAGGGAGCAGAGAUGCCAGACUUGCAUUUGGGGGUGUGCCCCUGCCCUGUGAGCAAUGCACUCUGCUGUAUUUCAGCUUUAUCCCUGCAGGAUGGUCAUGCUGGCUGCCGCAGUGUUUUGCCUGUGGGGAAUAUUCCAUGUUUGAACAGUUGAGCACAUGGAGGGAAUUCUUACAGACAUGGAGAGCAUGCAUAUGGGCAUGCAUCAGGGGGCCUGGAUGCUGAACAGCUUGCCAUUUAAAUGCACACUCGUGCAAACUAAUCUGCUCAGCAGUGGCUAGCUGAGCGGACAGAGCUGCGUAUCCUCUGGAGGGAAGAAAGCUCUGCUUCUCAUUUCCUGACUAAAUUUCUYGAAAACAAACACGCGAAUAGACAAGGCCUCCUCCUGGGAAUACAUAUGAACUGUUCUUCAUGUGUCUUUUACUUCACAUAUGGUGAUACUAACAUGUAACUAUUUCCACGUGAACCACAUCCUUGAAUUAUUGCUUUUUAAUGAUGUUGCUUAUUCCAAGUGAUGCUACUCUUGUACAAACAACAGUAUCCCAGUGACCACUGCAAGCAGUAAUCUGCUUCUUUGUAAGUGUCCAGUGUCUUCCAACUACCUCAUCGUGCUGAAGAUGAGUUAGGAAAUCAGCUUUCCACCUCUCUUUAUGUUCUAAAUGGCAUAAAUUCAAGGAAAGAUGGUCUGGAAAGCUUUUAUAAUGUCCAUACUGUGCAAGUAAGCUACAAAACUUCCCAUACUUACAGGGCUAUGGCUGUGAAAUAUGGCUGUGCACUGUUAUUUGGAUAAUUGAGUAUCCAGAGCAUUUGUGGCUAUUGUGGCAAAACAGCACCAGGACAAGCCCUAGGAAAGGUUCAACAAGCCAGUGCAGACAGUGUUAGGCUAAAGCAAAUGGAUUAAUGUACUCUCAGUAUAACUCAGCACUAAGAUCCCAUAGAGUACUGUAAUAAAAUGGUAGCAGGGCAGCCAUAAAAAGUGGCAGUAAGCUGACAUAAUAAUACCAGAAUAAAUGUAGCAAUAAGGUAACACAGGCCGCUGCAGUAAAGUAGCAUUUUGAUAAUGCAGCAAUAAGACACAACAGGAUGCUGCAGUAAAUUAGUUUGGGGAAUAAGGCAGUAAUAACAGUGCGUGUGGACAAACAGUGGUACAUUCGUAUCAGGUACUGCAGCAAUAAAGAUAACCAAGAUGUCCUAGUAAUAAGUUACUACAGUAACAACAACAUGAUGCACUGUAAAGUUAUAUCAGGGUGCUUCCAUGCUGCAGUCAAAUCUUACAAGAGGUGAUAGUGAGACAAUAAAGACAAAAUAUACCCCAUUUCAGACUGCAGAACUUGAAUCAGUUUUCUGCACUGUAGCCCAAAUUUUGGAAUCGUCUCAGCAAUACCAAUCCUCUCAUUCCACUUUAAAGGAAGCUGAGGCAAGAGUGUUUCCCCAUCCAGACUAUUAUUUUGGUCUGAAAAUACAAAAUUGACUCAUUGUCUUUUCAGCCGAAUUGUCACAGACUGGUGAAGUUCUUUGUUUCACCCUACUCAGGUGAAACUCUGGUGGUUUUGGUAAGUCCUUUGCCUUUGAAAGGAUUUGGCUGUCUCAUCUUCUGUCAUGGGUGAUGCUUUUAGCCUAAAAUUAUUUCUGUUUUGGGUGGGAGAAGGGGAACUCAGGUACAGAACAUCUKACUGUACCAGUCUGUUUCCUGAAAUGCACAAAUAAAUGGAGCAUCCUGGAAAAGUUAAAGCA